GUUUACGACAAAAAUAUUGCGGGAAAAUUCCGGAGGAAUUUAGCCUAUUUAGUCGUUUUUCUAAAAUAUAUUUUGCAUUUCAACUUUUGGAGGAAUGUAGCUAGUAAAUAAUACUUUUGCUACGAUUACUAGCCUAGCUAUUAGGCCUGUCAUACAAGGAGAAGUACGUUAAACAGUGAAGUUAACUUGAUAUUCGCACCAAAAUCUCACACAUUACAUUUCAGACAGGAAACCUUUUGCUGAACAUUUAUCAUGGACGACUUUGAUGAAGAAGGAGAUGAUCUUCUCUCUAGUCUAGUAAUGGACAAGUCAUUGGAUGUAACUGGCAGCAAUAAAGCAGUGAUGUAUUCCAGUGAACCAGUUGAAGUACCGGCAGUUUUCCCAUUCCCAUUUGAACCAUAUGAUAUACAAAAAGGUUUCAUGAGAGAGUUGUAUACAUGUUUGCAGCAGGGUCGAGUUGGCAUAUUUGAGAGUCCAACUGGAACUGGCAAGUCCCUAAGCCUGAUAUGUGGCGCCCUCAGGUGGCUGAAAGAUUUUCAGGAGAAACAGAAACAAGAGCUUGAAGAGAUGUUGUCAGAGGAGAAUAAAGAAAACAGUAACAAAACUACAAGGAAAGAAUCAGGAGAGCUUGACUGGAUCUCGGACUUCAAGGUCAGACAGGAAGCAGAAGAGAAAAGUAAAAAAGUGAAGGAAGAAAUAGAGCAGCGACUAAAGAGGGAGGCAAAAUUAUCAGAAAUAAAAAAGACAAGAAAAGUCACUAAACGGAAGAGAGUGCAGCUUGAAGAAGAUUUUGAUGACCUGAUGAAAACUGCUUCAAGUGAAAUAAAGGAUGCUUUCAAGAUGGAAAUGGAGAAACGUGUUGAGGAAGCUGGUGAUAUUAAUGAAGAUGACGAAAAUCUGAUCCUUGAUGAAUACAACAGUGAUGAUGGGGGUGAUGAUAAAAAGAGCGAUGAUGAAGAUGAUGAUGAUGAAGUUCACUGUACAAAAAUAUAUUUUUGCAGCAGAACACACUCGCAGCUGUCCCAGUUUGUAAGGGAGGUAAUCAAAUCACCUUAUGGAGAUGAUACCAGAGUAAUUUCUCUUGGUUCCAGACAGAAUCUGUGUGUAAAUGAGGCAGUAAGGAGACUGAAGUCAUUGAGUUUGAUAAAUGAUACAUGUAGAGACUUGCAGAAAAAGAAGUCGGAGAAAAAGGACAAGUCAGAAACGAAACGAAAAAAGACUGGCAGUAGUCAGGGUUGUCCAUACUACAAGCAAGAUCCAAUUCAGGAUUUCAAAGACUCUGCUCUGGUUGAUGUCAGAGAUAUUGAACAACUUGUAAGUCUUGGCAAACAAAUGAAGGCCUGUCCAUAUUAUGGGACAAGAUUGGCUGUACCUGAUGCCGAGAUAGUUGCCUUACCAUACAACACUUUAUUACACAAGUCCACCAGAGAAGCGAGCAGAAUCCAGCUCAAAGACAACAUUGUUAUCAUAGACGAGGCUCAUAAUCUCCUGGAAACCAUAAACAACGUACACAGCACUGAAGUUACUGGAGCACAGUUGGUUCGAGCCCACAGUCAGCUAAGCCAGUAUGAAGCCAAGUAUCGAUCCAGACUCAAAGCCCAGAACCUCAUGUAUAUCAAACAGAUUUUGUUUAUACUUGGAAAUCUUACAAAAUGUAUAGGAGGUAAAACAGACCAACAUCCAGACAAACAGUCUGUACCUUUUGCAGAAACUCGACUUUGGACUAUCAAUGAUUUCCUGUUCCACAGUCAGUUAGAUAAUGUCAACAUGUUUAAAAUACUGCGAUAUUGUCAACGUAGCCAAAUUUCCAGGAAGUUACAUGGAUUUGUUGAAAAAUACAGACCAGAGAUAGUUAUUUCCAGUGAGAAAGAGAAGAAACAGGAAACAAGCACAUCAAGCCUGAGUAGUUUUCUCAAGUCUCUUAGUGGGAAAGGAAAUGAUACAGAGAAAGUUUCAGAGCCAGCAGAAAGUGUUGAAGAGAAGAGUGAUUUUGUAAUGAGCUCCCCAUUGAUGCACAUUGAAAGUUUUCUACUGGCCCUGACCAACGCUGAUAAAGAUGGAAGGAUAGUGAUCAGUAAACAAAAACUGUUCAGUCAGUGCAGUAUAAAGUUCCUGUUGUUGAACCCUGCGGUUCAUUUUGCAAGCGUAGUACAGGAAGCAAGGGCUGUCGUUGUUGCCGGAGGAACUAUGCAACCUAUCUCUGAGUUUAAGGACCAGUUGUUCCAUGCUGCUGGAGUCCAGCCAGAGAGAAUUCUUGAGUAUUCCUGUGGUCAUGUGAUACCAGGUGAGCAGCUGUUGCCUUUAGCUGUCAGCACAGGACCGACUGGAGUUCAGCUUGACUUCACAUAUACAAACAGAAAUAAAACAAGUCUGCUGGAUGAACUAGGACGUCUUGUGUGUAACAUAUGUAACAUUGUGCCUGGUGGUGUCAUCUGCUUCUUCUCUUCUUAUGACUAUGAGAAGUUUGUGUACAGUCAUUGGGAAAACUCCGGAGUGCUUGCAAAGCUACAAAAUAGGAAAAAGGUGUUCAGAGAGCCUAAAAGAGCUGGUCAGGCAGACAAGGUGCUACAGGAUUAUACAACAUGUAUACAGAACUGCAGUGGAAGUAUAACAGGGUCUAUACUGUUCUGUGUUGUGGGUGGAAAGAUGAGUGAAGGUAUCAACUUCUCAGAUGAUCUUGGAAGAUGCGUGAUGAUGGUGGGCAUGCCGUACCCAAACAUCAACUCUCCAGAACUGAAGGAGAAGAUGGACUACCUCAAUGCAAACUUUCCAAAGGACAAGGAAGGAAGGCAGCCAGGUCAAGUUCAUUAUGAGAACCUGUGUAUGAAAGCUGUUAAUCAGUCCAUAGGUCGUGCAAUCAGACAUCAAGGAGACUAUGCCACGAUUUUGUUGUUAGAUAGACGCUACAGUAGAGCAGGGACCGUCGCAAAAUUGCCAGGGUGGAUAUCAAAACAUCUGCAGAAGAUGGACAAGUUUGGCAAUGUAUUCUCAGCAGUGUCGAAGUUCUUUUCUGCAAAGAAAAAAAGCUGAAGUGAAGAGAACAAAAAAGCUGAAGUAGAGAUCAUCUAGUUGGAAUAAGAUCUAAAGACACAAGAAGGGACUAUUCAGUUUUGCAAUAAUUGGAAGUUUAUGGAUAAACUUGCUGAGAGCUUUGUAGUUAACUGUCCAAAAUUUAAAGAAAAUGACUGAAACAUGUUCUGUAAACUGGUAUUUUGGAGGAAAAGUUCCCUAUUUGUGAAAUAGUAUUCUGUAAAAAAAAUCUUUGAAAGGUGAAAGAAGGAAAAUGAUUUUGAAAUUUUUAUUAUGGAACUUUGCAUCAUAAUGACUGUCUGGACUAAAUGUCUGUUAAUUUCAAGAUGAACAUUUCUUAAUACUGUAUCAAGCCUUAAUUGCUUAUAUUAGUACAGUUGUGUAGGUUUGCAGUAAAAUGAUGUACCAGUAAAUCUGAAACCAUGUUACUUGGUUAGUACAAAGCAUAUUUAUUUUGUAUGCUGAAGAAAAAAUGACAAAAUAUGCUCUUGCAACAAGCCAUAAUAUCCAGAAAAAUAGUAAAAAUGGUUGAGUACAAGGUCGUUAAAAACGUUCUACAUUUAGGAAUUGUUGUUGGCUUAAGACUGUUAUGAAGAUUUCUUGUUAUUUUGGUUGUGUUGCAGAUACCUGUUAAUAAUAAAAUGUAUUGGAGAGAAAAAGAACAUCUAAAGUAUUUUUACCAGUGCAGAGGUUCAGCUAUUGUAUUCAGCCUUCAUCUGUCAACACAGUGGAGAUCUCAUUGCAUCCUCCCAUAUUACUAUAUUGGUGUCUCUGUUACCCAUUUUUCAGGGACACUUGCAUAUUCAAAUUACUACACAUAAAUACUUAUACCGAGCUGCGGUGGCCUAAUGGAUAAGGCACCUGCCUCGCAAUCGGGAGGUCGAAGGUUCCAGACCUGUCAGAGGCGGGUCUUUUUACUGAAGAGUAACACUUUACUUUUAGUUUACUAUUUAUCAUUAUAACAACAACAUACAAGACCAAGG